UUGGCUACAUGGGGUUAAUCAUAUCUCGGCUGGCACCACUAAUCCUAAAAUAAUAGAGAUCUGUAAUCAGCUCCAUUCCUUCUGCCAGUGAGAGUUCAGGUGACAAUGCCAGGAAUGACAAUCCCUCCACAAAUCGUAUUUUCCCAUGAGACGAUGAGCUCCAACAUUUGGCCCCCUGAUAUCUUCUUUGUGGCCCCCAGAAGACCCCAUGACCCCCAGUAGCAGUGUGUUGGACAUCAUUAAGGUACCCCACUGAAGCAACUCAACCGGAAAUGGCAACAGUUCUUUGAAUAUAAAACAAGAAAAUGCAACGGAUCACACAGAAGAUAAUUGAGCCUAAGCUGACAAAGUAUGUGAACACGAUAAAGCUGGAGGAGGUGACGCCUCGUGUUACCGAUUCCUCAAAUGCUCCAAAGACUUAUUCUGUGGAAGAAGCCGUUGAGACCAUCGGAUUUGGCCGAUUUCAUAUUAUGCUCUUUCUAAUUAUGGGCAGUACUGGGAUUGCAGAAGCCAUGGAGAUCAUGCUCCUGGCCGUCAUCUCCUCCUCCAUCCGCUGUGAAUGGCGCCUUCAGAGCUGGCAGGUGGCCCUUGUCACCACAAUGGUAUUUUUCGGGUAUAUGGUAUUCAGUAUUAUUCUUGGGCUUCUCGCUGAUCGAUAUGGACGCCUAAAGAUACUGGCGCUCUCCUUCCUGUGGGGGGCGUACUUCUCCCUACUCACCUCCUUCUCCCCCUCAUAUGGCUGGUUUGUCUUCCUGAGAUGUAUGGUGGGCUGCGGAGUCUCUGGACAUGCACAGGGGCUCAUAAUUAAAACGGAAUUUUUGCCUAAGACAUGUCGCGGUUACAUGCUUCCUCUGUCACAGCUUUUUUGGCUUGCUGGAUCCUUACUAAUCAUUGGUGUGGGAUCGGUGGUCAACCCAACUUUAGGAUGGCGCUGGCUUGUUCGUCUGGCAUCCAUCCCUGGGAUCAUUCUGGUCAUUGUAUUCAGGUUUAUCCCAGAGUCAGCGCGAUUUAAUGUCUCAGUCGGAAAGCACCAGGCCGCGAUGGAGACCUUGACUCGGAUCGCCAAAAUUAACCAUUCAAAGAUGCCAGAGGGAACCAUUGAUGAACCUGCAGUGGAAAGAACUGGGAGCUUCUGUGAUCUUUUGGACCGGAAAUAUCUACGAACAUCUUUGCAGAUAUGGGUUAUUUGGCUUGGAAUUUCCUUUGCAUAUUAUGGGGUCAUUCUGGCUAGUUCAGAACUCCUGGAGAGGAACCUUCUGUGUGGGUCAGGGCAGGUGGCACUGGGUGCAGGAGAGGAACCAUACGAGGGCAGCCACAGCCCAUGUUAUUGCAACAUGCUGAGCUCCUCCGAUUACCGCACCAUGAUCAUUAGCACUGUGGGGGAGAUUGCCUUAAAUCCUUUCAACAUUCUGGGAAUUAACCUUAUUGGUCGGCGCUGGACACUUGGCAUCACCAUGACGACCACUGGCAUAUUCUUUUUGCUCCUCAACAUUUGUAUGUCAAGCACGGGUCUUAUUGGAAUUCUAUUCUGCCUUCGAGCUCUGGUAUCUGCAAACUUCAACACCAUCUACAUCUACACAGCAGAGGUUUAUCCAACUGUGAUGAGAGCAAUUGGAAUGGGCACAAGUGGGUCACUGUGCCGCAUUGGAGCAAUGGCAGCACCAUUCAUAGCCCAGGUUUUGCUAAGUGCCUCCAUCAUUGGUGCCCUCUGCCUGUUUUCUGCUGUCUGCUUUAUCUGCGCAAUCUCAGCAUUUACUCUGCCCAUCGAGACCAAAGGGCGAGCAUUGCAGCAAGUUAAAUGAAUGUUGAAGAGAAGCUUUUAUUACGAAGAUUAAAGAUCAAUAAUACUUUGACCACGUUAAUGAGAUUGAUGCUAUAAAUUAUAUUAAAACAAAAUGUAAGAUUUGUCAUAAAAUUACAUUUCAAAACAGAAAAUCUUUAAUAAAAGAAAUAAA